CAGCUGUUGUGACAUAGUCAUUUCAUCCUAUUGCCUUUCUUUGGCUCUCCCCUUUUAGGAGAUGUAGUUGAGUUUAUCUGGACUCUCAUCAGGGCCUAUAUUCUUAGCUAGUUGUUACUUUUUCAGACAGUGUCUGAUACAUAUUGCUGAAUCAUUUACCUUGGGGUGUUUUUAAAUUAGAGCUACUGCUUCUAUCUUUGGGCUAGAGAAAAAUUCUAUUCUCAUGGGGUAAAGUGAAGGGAAAAAUCAAGAUAUUUAAGAUCCAAAAAUGGAAAAACAGAGCAGUGAAAAAUGGCAUAAAGCCAGAAGUUUACAUGUAAAGUUUUAGCUCUUAAAUGUGUCAAUAUCUAUUGGUUUUUUAAAAAAUAAUGUUUAUAACCUUUUAUCUAGUAUUACUCAUUUGAUAGUUGAUAAUAUAACUUAAUAAAAUACUACUAUAAAUAUUAUUACCAAAGAUGUUUAUUGCAGCUUUAACUAUUAAAAAAAAAAAGAAUGCUAAAUGUCCAAAAAUAGAAGAAUGGCCAAGAAAAUAAUAGUUUAAAGUCAGUGGAAUAUUGCAUUGCCAUUAAGAUGUUUCUGAUCUCAUGAAAACAGGCCUAUGCUCAAUGUUCAGUGCUCAAAAGGGUGGGGAGAGGUCAGGACUGGGGAGUGAUGUGGAUUGUAAAGUGACUUAUUUGGUGUCUAAGAUGAGGAUGGGAAGGUAGUGGGUGAGGAUUUGGUACGUGGCCUUGAAGCCUCUGAUCGGAAGUUUGGAUUACUUGUGGGAAACAAUUAGGCAGGUCUGAUUCUACAGUAUCAUUCUUCAAAAAUAAUUUUUACUUUUACAGGAGAUGGAGAGGGGGCUACUAGCUCUAGCAAAUCCAGACAUGGAGGAAACAGAGUUUGAGAUGAGCUAAGGACAAUGAAAAUAAGCGUCUUCCUGAUGAAUAUUGAUUGCAAUUGGAUGGUGAAAAUGAAGAGCCAGUUAAAGAUUUUUGAAAACUCAAAGUUAGAUGAAAAAAACCUUGCUAAUGGGGACAUUAGGAAAAGAUGACUUGGUGUAGAUAGAUCAGCUUGGACUGGGAUUCAUACACAUUUAUGGACAUUGUUGUCCUUAUAGCUAUCAUUUUCUGAGAAUUACUAUGCACUCAGCAUUGUUCUAAGUUACACAUACAUACUUCCUCAUGUAAUACCUAAAAGAACUGUGAGGAGUAGCUGCUAUGAUCGUCAUUUUACAGAUGAGAAAACUGAUAGAGGAAUUCAGCCAUUUGCCUACAAUUGUUGGCCAGCUGGGUAAUGGCUGAUGUUGCUAGUUGGCCAGUAGGGGGAGAGGCUACUCCUGAGCGCAGACUGAAAUAAUUUGACCAUUUUGUUCUCCAGCCUAACUUAAAGGCAAAUAGGUUUAUUCAACUUGAGAUGAAAACAUCAGCAGCCAGAGUGGAAGACAGGCAGACAAGGGUAAAAGGAAGGUGACUUUUCUUUUAAUAUCCUCCAUCCAGAUCCCAGCCACUCCUUCUGUCACUCCUUGAGGACAACAGCUCUGGGUGUGACUAGUUGUGUUUCCUCUAGGAACACACAGAGAAGAAAAGUAUGGCCAGAGGAGACGAUGUGGAAAAAGGCAUAAUAUAGAAAAGAACGGCAGUACAGAGCUGAAUGGACAGUUAUAAAGAAUACAGAGAAGAGAUGUGUUCUACGAGAAACCAACAUGGCUUCCCGCUAUGAAAAAGAAUUCUUGGAGGUAGAAAAAAUCGGGGUUGGGGAAUUUGGUACCGUCUACAAGUGCAUCAAGAGGCUGGACGGGUGUGUUUAUGCCAUAAAACGCUCCAUGAAACCUUUUGCAGGAUCACCAAAUGAGAAUUUGGCUUUGUAUGAAGUUUAUGCUCAUGCGGUGCUUGGCCAUCACCCCCAUGUGGUCCGUUACUACUCUGCAUGGGCAGAAGAUGACUACAUGAUCAUUCAGAAUGAGUACUGCAACGGUGGGAGUUUACAGGCUGCUAUAUCUGAAAACACAAAGUCUGGCAAUCAAUUCCAAGAGCUGAAGCUCAAGGACAUCCUUCUGCAGGUUUCCCUUGGGCUUAAGUACAUCCACAACUCGGGCAUGGUGCAUCUGGAUAUCAAACCUAGUAACAUCUUCAUUUGUCAUAAGAUGCAAAGUGACUCUCCUGUAGGCCCAGUAGAGAUUGAAAAUGAAGUGGAUUGGUUUCUCUCUGCCAAUGUGAUGUAUAAAAUCGGUGACUUGGGUCAUGUGACAUCAAUAAGCACACCUAAAGUGGAAGAGGGUGAUAGUCGCUUCCUGGCUAAUGAGAUUUUGCAAGAGGAUUAUCAGCACCUUCCCAAAGCAGACAUAUUUGCCUUGGGACUAACAAUUGCAGUAGCUGCAGGAGCAGAGGCAUUACCCACCAAUGGUGCCACGUGGCAUCGCAUCCGCAAGGGCCACCUUCCAGACAUUCCUCAGGAGCUCUCAGAACAACUUCACAAUCUACUCAAGAACAUGAUCCACCCUGAUCCAGAGGAGAGACCUUCGGCAGCAGCUCUGGCCAUAAGUCGAGUUCUCCGGCCCUCCCUGGGGAAAACAGAAGAGCUCCAGCAGCAGCUUAACCUGGAAAAGUUUAAGACAGCCACACUUGAAAGAGAACUGAGAGAAGCCCAGCAGGCCCAGUCCCCGCAGGGAGCCCACGGUAGCCCUGGAGUCUCUGGGGCCCCCACUGGAUCAAGAAGCACCAAACGCCUGGUGGGAAGAAAAAGUGCAAAGUCUUCAAGCUUCACCUAUGCCUCUUUAAUCAAUGAGGUAACUUUGUAACCAGGACAAGAGAUAGUCCUCUGAAGUGUAAGUGAACCUACAUGAAUAAAGAAUGCCAAGAUCUGG